GAAUCUGGGUCGCUUUAUAUUAAACUUUGCAUAUUGCAUUUUAUCCAAUUAUAGGUUGGGUAUUUCUCUUAAUUCGUCACAAGUCGCAGCUGCUGACUUAACUCAACGAGUGCGGCAUAAAUCCAAUUUAUGGAGAAGUACACAAAGUUCAAGGUUUUAAAAAUUUAGUGAUUUUAUGCAUGUCAGUUAAGAACGUGUGUAGAUACAUAAACCUCGAGUACCAUGAGUAAACUCCAUUCCUCAAUAUUAUUACAUAAAUUAUUUCGCAAAAAUGUGCAUAGUUUUAAGUAUUGCUAGCUGCAAGCUAUGUAUCAUUGUAUGCUAAUCAUAAUAUUCCUCCCAAUAGGCAAUUUUCGAAGGUACGUUUCUAGAAUUUCCGUAACGCUCCGGAUCUCUUGAGAAUGGUCAAAAUUUACGGAACAAAUUUGUAAAUUGUAGCAGGUAGUCUUCACUCUUUUCCAUAUGCAUUCUAAAUACAAUUGGUGACCACUCUCAAGAGAUAGGGAGCAGUACGGAAAUUCUGAAAAUGUAGCUGCACAAACUGCCUAAUAAAUGUAUCAUACUAUAUAAUGCAAUACUUAUGAAUGAAUAAACGUUUUUCACCAUGGUGUACGUUCUGCUCGUCGGUAUUACUGGGAUUCUGACGUACUUCAAAAUUCUGGAAAUACAAAUCCAAAAGAUUGAGAAUGAUUUUGAUCGAAGCGACUGUUUCCGGAUGUAUAAUUGUCUUCAACUGUUGGAGGAAACGUUCAACGCAUUUCUAAUGCGGAGGGUCGUCCCAGCUUUGAUGAUUUGCAGUCCUGGAAUACAAGUAAUCGCGCAAUACGUUUGUAUCAAUCAUAACAUUUCGAUGCCUGGAUUUCUAAUAUUUCCACUGAUGGGAUUGGAUGCGAGUAUCGCAAACAUUUUGAUCUACACUUUAGCCUCCAAGGUUUGGAGUGGAUCAGAAAAAAUACGUCAGUCAUUAAGAGACAACGUAAUUCCUUUCCAAAAAUCAAAAUCGUUGAGAAAGAGACAGAUUGCGUCCUUAUCAUUGCUCAAAAUCAAAUUCGGCUCCAACUACAUUGAUCGAGGGACAAGUUUAAAUAUACAGAACUUCUGCUUUAAUCAAACCAUGUCCUUGACUUUAAUCAAGGCGAGAAAAUCUACUGCAUAAGACAAGGCGCAUACAUUAUUAAAUGUUGCGUGCCGCCUUGGUUGGACACUAGUUUAAUAGUAAAGGUCAGGUUAUAUUUUAUUUGUGCUAUUUAUUGUCUAUUAUGGAAUUUGAUCAAACUGAUUUUGGUCUGCUUUUCGUUAAUUAAGUCGGGAAUUUAAUAUAUCAAUAAGAAUUAUGAAGGUAGUCAUUGCUUCACAGUUUUCAUAGAUAAUGUUAAAAUAGCGCAGCUGUGGAUUUAGAUGUAUGAAAUGGAAAUCUGUCAUAUUUAAUUAUACGUAAGGAUGAUGUAUGACGUGAAAUUUAGAAAAGGUGCAUGCACAUUAAAACUUAGCUCUUCAUCCUACCAGAUAGAUACCCAAAUAUUUAAACUCUAUUUGAACAUUAAUCUCAUUCAUUUACAAGAAUAACUUUUUACACAUAUUUGCAACAGCUGCAAAAAUUAGAUACAUUUUGAAAUAUAUUCAAAAUUUAGAAAAUAGUAAUAAAUAGGUGUUUCUCUUAAUAAAAGACACGUUCCGUAUCUCUUGAGAAUGGUGAAAAUUUUCCAAACGCGAGUGGAAAAUGCUUCAAAAUUACCGUUUCCAUGGUGCUAGUUUACCCUUAUUUUUUGAAACUCAAAUCAUAACUAUUUAAAAAAAGUUAAGGAAGGCUCUGUUAUAUAUUAUAUAAGAUUAUAGUAAUUAUAACUUUAUACGAAUCUGGAUUUUUGCGAGUUUAUAUUUUCUACCCAAAUCUCAGUUGAAAGGUCAAGAGUGAUGCCUGAUCCUCUCCUCGUACAGAUAUUCGCAUGAGACAGUCAUUAAAUUAUUAACUUGAGACGACCUGAAUUUUUCCAAGAAUUCCUUAAUCUGGACAUUUCUGUGGUAAUCGUGAGUAGUCAGCAACAAGUGUUGGUGAAUUUAUAAAAAUAUCGUCUUCCAAGUAAGUCGCUCGUUAAAUUGGUACAGCUCAUGCCAUAAAUAUAUUAAUAAUCGCCACUUUAAUCAUUUCAUUACCCAGAAAAGGAACAAACUUCCAUUCAUUUAAGAUUACUUGGAAAUUGAUGUUGCCUAAAUUGGUCUGCAUUAAAAGGGGGCGAUUCGCAGUAAAAUUUCGCAUAAAAUGAAUUGGAUCACAGUUUUCCUGUACGCUCUAAUUUUGACAGCCACGUUCAACUUUGAGGGAGUGGAUUCUGCCCCGGCUCGAGUGAGGAGGGCGACGGUAGAUCAAUUCAUCAAUGCUCACGUGAUUCACCCCAAUGAUUACGACAGGAUUAUGAAUCCUUACCCUGGACUCUCUUCCAACACUUUGAUGCAAAAUUACUUUGUAGGGAUGCAUCGUAACGACGCGAGGAGGGCGGAAACUCGCGCAACCCGGCCGUACUCUUCCCGAGCCAGGAACACUUUCAUUGUUUCGUCAGAUGCGGCGGUGAUGGAUUCUGUCAGGAACGGACAGGAUGCUGGAAGAAACAGGAUGGGACCAUUGCGACAGACGGAUCGAAACUUUAAUUUGUUUGAGGCCUAUCCCAACGGAGGCUUCACGACGCGUUAUCAAGGAAAUGUACCCUUCGUUACUGGCGUUAAUGGGAAUAAUUACCCGGUGCAUUUCGAACGUCCUGUACUUCCAAGUGAUCGAAGUCCGGGGGCUCGUCCUGGUGGAGGUGGGGCAGGUACUCGAAGGCGUGGGACAAAUCAUAACGUCGGCGAUCAUGCCGCAAAGUAAUUGUUCCUGCAAUCCUGGGAUCGAUUUACACAAAAGUUUUCUUAAUCUGAAUCAUUUUCUGGGACCUAAUUUAUAAUGUUAUACCAAAUUACUUUACAAAUUACAAAUCACUGAAUUUCGAGUCUAGAAUUGCAUAUUAUUAAUUUAAAUUACUUAUAUACAAUAGUUCAAAUUAAUAAAUACGAUUAAAAAUUA